AUGUCGCGUCCGGUCAGUAAACGUGUCACGUCCGGGUGGUUAGAAUCGGGAGUCAAAUCCGUUGUCGUGGACCGAGUGUCGCGUUCGGAAGAACGUCCGAAGAACCCACCCUUCCUCCGCCGCCAUCGUCUUCUUCCGUCGGAAUCUUCUCCAGAAACACUCCAACAUUUUCAUUCUCUGGUGUAUAUAAUUUGUGAAAGAUUAUUAGUACUAGCAAACUGUCAGCCCUCUCCAAAUGGUGAAAACUUGAAUUACGAUAUCGAAAAUGCGAACAGUUUUUGUAAUUUCUUCCUAUCCGCUUCAUCUCCAGAAGAUAGUAAUUGGAGACCACCUUCUCAGCUCACUUUACAAUUAGAUGCUGAUACUCCAGAAAAGAAGAAAGAAGAAGAAAACGGUAGACAAGGAAACUGUGGCCAUUGCAGAGGUGACAUGUCAAAAAUAACGGGAAAGGGUGCUUUAUAUCAGCUUAGGAGAUGCGAAACAAGAUGUGAUCAAGAAGAAACAUUCUUUAACUGCGAAGAAUAUGUACCCUGUGACGGUAGAGGAUCGAGUAGUCUUUCGGGAAGUAGUUCCAAUCCCGAAGAUGUUGGACAUUUUACACAAAGCAGUAGUAUAAACAGUGAAGAUUUCGAUACAGAAGCUAGCGACGAUGGUAUCGAUUCGAUGCUCAUGGAAGAACCAACAACUGAAGAUCUUUCGCAGAAUACAUGUUAUCAAGAGUUGGCUUCUCAAAUGGAAUUAAGAUCUUUAGCGGAAUCAAACGCAGCAGCGGGGGAAGAAAAUAAGAAUAGUAACCUAGAUUCUACAGAUAUUGUUAAAGCAUUGAUUGCUAGCCAUUGUUUACUCGGUCCAGAAUUCCAAAGUCAUUUAAAGCAAUAUCAGAAAGAUUUGAACAAUCGAGGAUCUGCUUGGGAACGUCUAGCUAAAGAAUCGGAUCCUAUUUUGCUAACGGGAAUUUUAUGGAGCUGGCUGGAUCACUUAAAGACACCGAUUUUAAACAAGCAGGAUUUAACUUAUAUAGUUUUAAAAUCAGAAAAACCCGUUGAUGCUUUGGCCAGACUCGACAAGGAUACGCGCUUCACUAUCGAAUAUUUAAUACGUUUUGUCGCACGACUCGUACCCAAUUCUUUAGAGCCUUGUGACGAUCUGUUACGUCGUCUUGUAGCUUCUUUAACUCAUCAAUGUCUUGCAAUUCACGGUGUCUUACAUCCAGUAGGUGCUAAAUGGUCUAAAAUGAGGGAAGGAACGACGACUUUAGUCAUGCAUUUUGUGCGUGGAAUUUAUAAAUUAUCGUGUGGACUUCCUUUAGAAGAAGAAGAGUAUGGAGGCCGAUCACGUCGCAGAAAAUCAUAUAUGGGUAUCAAUCUUAUGGCUCAAGCUAUUGGAAAAUCCAAUGUUAGGUAUGAAAAAACACGAUACUAA